AUGUGAAUUCGUCCCUUGACCAAGCCAAAAAAAAAAAAACAACAACAACAACAACAACCUAAACAAACGCUAUAUCUUAUAAGACACAGCUAAGCUAAGCUAACAGCACAAAGAACAAAUACUCAAACACCCAACCCAACCCAACCCAACCCAACCCAACAAACAACAAGAAAAAACAAUGGCAGAAGCAGAGACCAACACCAUCAUCAACGACAAGGACGACCAAGAAACUGUUCCCAAGAUCAUAACUUUCUUGUCUUCUUUGCUGCAAAGAGUGGCAGAGUCGAAUGAUCAUUGCCGGUUAUUUCAGUCGCAGAAGAUCUCAGUUUUUCAUGGUCUUACUAGGCCUACUAUUUCCAUCAAAAGCUAUCUCGAGAGGAUCUUUAAGUAUGCAAAUUGCAGCCCAUCAUGUUUCGUGGUUGCCUAUGUUUAUCUCGAUCGCUUCGUGCAGAUGCAACCGUCUUUGCCUAUCAAUUCUUACAAUGUGCAUAGGUUGCUUAUAACCAGUGUUUUGGUUUCUGCCAAAUUCAUGGAUGACAUGUAUUACAACAAUGCCUACUAUGCCAAAGUGGGAGGAAUUAGCACGGUAGAGAUGAACCUUCUUGAAGUGGAUUUUUUAUUUGGUUUGGGGUUCCAAUUAAAUGUGGCACCUACAACUUUCCACACUUACUGCACUUUUCUCCAAAGAGAAAUGUGUAUGCAAAUUCAAUCCCCUUUACAACAGUUGCUGCCUCAGCCUUCUUUCAACAUUGGGAGGCCCUUGAAGAGCCAUUGCUGUUUCAAUGAAGAUGAAUCCUCUCAUCACCACCAACUUGCAGUUUAAGCCAUUGUUCUUAUGGUGGAUUAGAUGGCCAUAUUUUAGUAGUGUAUAAAAAAAAAGAAAAAAAAAAGCUCCAGAGAUGUUGCCUCAACCACAUUGAUUCAAGACAUGAAAGUCAAAUAUCUCAUUUGGGUUUCUUUGCCUUUCUGUCAAUGUGCUGUAAGAACAUGUCAAAAACAUCAGUUUUCUUGGUUAAUCAUGGUUAUCCACUUCCUUCUUUUUCCA